AUGUUGAACAACUCUCUGCAACCGCCUAAAACGGGCACAUCUCGCUGGUCUAAGGCACUUCCGGAUGUCCCAGAUCCUGACGCCCCAAGCUUUUACGACGAUUAUUACGACAACGCUUCCCCUCGUCUACCACCAGCAAAAGAGCUUCCUCCACCACCGCCGCGCUCGACUAGCAUAAGCAACGCGAAGGCAUUACCACCAUCACUGCCACCGUUACACCUGCUUUCAGCCAAUUCUCCUCCAUCUGCUCCGCCGAAAAUGGCAAUUCCACGUCGGCCCAUAGGGAAGCUCUCUGCGAAUCCACCACCGCCACCUCUAAAGAGCCCACAGCAGCCAUCUCCAUCACAGGCACCCCCUUCACCUUCGGACUCGCUGUCGAGCAUUUUGUCGGCUUAUUCACGCUCUUCAGGCGAAUCACUUGUCAGGUCACCAUACGAAGCUAACAGCAGUGCUUUGCAAAGUGAGGCAAACACUUCACCGAGCCAUCAAGUUCCACCCGCCAACACCAAGACUGGCACGUUGGAGAGUGCCCCCACCCAGCAACAGCAACAAUAUGAUGCACCGAAGUUGCCUGCCAAGAAUCCUCGACCACCACCACUUCCUUCUAAAGACACCAAGUAUCAUCUUCCGGCGACUCCUGCUCCAGUUCGGAAGCCAGUCCCAGAGAAAAAGUUGCCUGAACUGAACUCCUCUUCGCCUCAGUCCCAGUCUCAACAGCAACAGCAACCUCAGCUUUGGCGACGUCGAUCCUCCAAGGCCGAGCGUAACCUUGAACUUGCCGACCUGAAGCUUGUGUCCAGCCACGGAUCAACUGCUGCGACGCAGUCUACUGCCGCACCACUACAGCAGGCCCAACAAGAGGCCCGCUCAGACGGACUCAAGAUCUCCACAACAUCGAACUGGCAGUCUGGGAGCACGAGCUCAGCAGCUCCUGCUGGCCAGGACGUCCAACAGACGCCAGCUCCUGAGCAGGUGCCCGACACUCCGACGAUGGGUGGUAGUAGUUCCAAACUCAACCGUCUUAAAGACAAGCUGCAUUUCCACCGAAGAGGGAAAUCGUCGAGCGACACUACUAAAUCUCCACCAGCACAACGGCCUGGAACACAUCGGCCUCCUACUCCUGAAUAUCAGAAAGAGGAUAUCAAGACACCCAUUGUUGACUCGAUUGUUUCGCCUUUAUCACCAGCCUCAUCUCCAGAACCUGCUGCGCAGGUAUCGCCUGAGCUUCCCGACGACAUUCCCCAAAUAUCACCGCCGCAGCAAAACCAGGAGCCUCUGAGAUAUACAGGGAGCAUUACACGAAAAGCUAUUCCGACCCCGAAGCUCCCAAGCCCUAUUGAGGACAAGCCUUCUUCUGUAUCACCAAGCUUGAAGAACUUAUCUCCGCCGGCAGGCUCACUACCCCCUUCGCUGACCAACUCAAGAGGCAGUGGGGGAUCUUCCGGCAGUGAUACUGCAGUCCACCAGGUUCAACCUCCCGCGGAAGUACCUUCGAGAUUCCCACCACGAGAUUCGUCGACCAGAUCGAACGUCCCCCCUCGACAGUUGGCAGCUGAGCAUGACCCAAGGCUGGUAUCAUCGGAUUCUCAAGGACCUCUUUAUAGGGGUAGAGAUGGUACCCUUUACCCUGAGAUGAAGGUCAUGCAAGAGUAUGACCCGCAAGUGGCAUAUUUCCCCAGACAAUCCGAGUCCCCGCUCGCGGAGGGAACUGUUUUCAAAGCGCCACCUCUUAAGAAGUCACACUUUUCCUGUUACCACGGACACAAGACGAUGAAUCGUCGUACCAACAGAUAUUAUCCGUUGACAUGUCAGACUUGCGACAAAUCAGAUGUCGAAGAUCGCUGGACUUGCAGCUUUUGCCAUCUGAGAAUAUGCGAACACUGCGUCAGGAAACUCAACAACAGCGGCAACGACCUUCGUCGUAUGGUUGAGAGUCUGCAGGUCACGACAUAA